UUUUAACCCCCGUUUCCCCCGCGCACGCUGCUGCUUCACUCUUCUGUAGAAAGUAGUAAAUAAACAGCAUCUACCCCCUUUCUCUCUCUGAUUCCGGAAACAAAGCCGGAGAGCACCGAGAGAAGGGAAAGUAGAGACGCGGAGAAUUUCCAAGCAAGAAGGCCCGAUCGCCGGACUACAUCAAUGGAUAAAUCUCCCGAAGCCUCGGGCCGGCGGAGAAGCGGCGGCGGAGGGAAGACGAACCUCGCAUCCUGCGUGGUGGCGACGGUGUUUCUAAUCCUGGUAGCGGGGGCGCUGGUGGUGGUGUUCCUCGUCUUCUUCCGGCCCCGGGACCCCAAGAUCCAAGUGGACUCCAUCCAGUUUCCGGGCUUCUCCGCCGCCAACGGAACCGUCAGCUUCACCUUCGCCCAGUACGCGGCGGUGCGCAACCCCAACCGCGCCGCCUUCUCCCACUACGACAGCACGCUCCAGCUCGUCUACGCCGGCAACCAGGUGGGCUUCAUGUUCAUCCCCGCCGGCCAGAUCGACGGCGGCCGCACCCAGUAUAUGGCCGCCAGCUUCGCCGUCGACUCCUUCCCCCUCCCGGCCUCGCCGCCGCCGCCGCCGGGGGCCGGCAUGGAGGUCGAGUCCCGGAUGCGGGUCAAGGGGAGAGUCCGGGUCCUGCGCUUCUUCACGCACCACGUCGAGGCCACCGCCACCUGCCUCGUCGCGGUCUCUGCCGGCGACGGCGCCGUCCUAGGGUUCCGGUGCUGAUAUGGUCGGAUCGGAUUCGCAUCCGAUUAGAUCGAGAAUGAAAUUGCAAAAAACCAAAAAAAAAGAAAGAAAUGAGGGAUAGAUUAUUUUUUUAAAGCAAUGUGGGUGUAAUGUAGAAUAGAUUUUUGUUCCCCCCUUGUUAAUUUGAGGGUAGUUUUUUUUUUUUUGCUUUCGCCACCUCUCCGUGUUUAAUUUUUUCAGUUAAUCUUCUUCUUUUUUGUUCGAGAGAUAAACCCUGCUAUUCUCCAAAAAUGCGGAAGGAGACAAAGGAUUUCAAGGGUAUUAGUGGCAUUUUACCUGAAAGUGAAGGCAGUGCUUGUGGGAAUAAAUUUAGAAUCGUACUCUCUCAACUGAAGAAAGGCAAUUAAAACAGAAUGGGGGCAGUAGAUCCUUCAUUAACUCAAGUUGCAGCUCGUUCCUAUAACUGAAGUGCUUGGUAAAUUUUGCUGAGCCAGAAAAGGAUCUUUGGUGCCAUCUCAAGAAAGACCACCACCUCGUCUCAGGAAUGUUUUAGAACUCUGGUAACUCGACUUGA